AUGGCAUCGCUCCCAGGCUACCCGGCUGCGGGGAGAACGAGAUCGUCCGAUGGUGCCACAGCGACAAACCCUGACGCUGGCUCCACACUGGAAAAUACGACCCUUCAAACACAGGCUUUUGACGAUGUCGAGACUGUUCUCUUGAACAAAGGUUCCUCGACUCCGAAUCCCGCCGAUAACGUCACGGAAGUAAACGAGAAGGGCGUCGGCCGCUCUUCAAAUCUCAACGAUGUUUCCAAUCAUGAUGAGCCGCGCAAGUGCUGGAUUUGCUAUACCGAUGAGACAGAAGAUUCGCCUUUGAACUUGGAGUGGCGAUCUCCCUGCCCUUGUGCCUUGACAGCCCAUGAGGCAUGCCUGCUGGACUGGCUUGCUGAUAUGGAGAACCCUCGCGCGCGCAAGCGAAAUGGUGCCAGUGCAAAGAUGGUGUGUCCGCAGUGCAAAUCAGACAUCGUCGUCACUCGCCCACGAAGCUACGUUGUCGAUACCCUGCGCGUGGCUGAGAAGGUGGCGGGUCGGUUAGUCCUCCCUGGCAUAGUCUUUACUGUGGCUGGAACCGUGUGGGCCGGCUGUUGUGCACAUGGAAUUUACUCGAUGCAUCUGAUCUUCGGCUCAGAAGAAGCAAGACAGAUUCUCCAGAGUAGUGCCGAGGGUCCGUGGAAUCCUGGAUUGAACAUCGGCCUUCCGCUUAUUCCGCUUUCUUUGAUAUUCUCUCGCACCCGCUAUGGCGAUGGUCUCCUCCCAGCCAUCCCCGUACUUUUCUUCGCCGCGCAUAGCCCUGGGCAAGAGCCCGACUUCGACCUCUGGCCGCCUACGCGGGCCAUAACUUUUGCCGCUCUGCCGUAUGUUAAAAGCGUAUACGCCUCGCUUUACGAGCGAUUCUUUGGUGGGUUAGAGAGAAAGUGGAUAUCCGAGGUACAACCUCGCGCUGCGGAGGAAGUGAUGGAUGAAGUGCAGCAACAGGACCAGGCCGAAGGCCUCAAUCGAUUUGGCGAAAAUGUCAAUGGCCAAAUUCUUAUGGAGAUAGAUCUCGAAUUACAGGUAGGGAUGGGCGAGGAUGACGAGCCGCCAGAGGCACCGGCUAUUCCUGCCGCAGAGAAUCACGACGGCGCUGACCUCGGCGCUCAGGACGGACAGGCACAAGGACAGAACAUCGGGCAGGGCCUAGGUCUCGGGCGCCGUCAAAACGAAAUCAUCCAUGAUACCGGUAACCUCGCCGAGAUCGUACUCGGAGCGCUCGUUUUCCCGGCCAUCUCUGCCUCAAUGGGAGGACUUCUGAAAUACGUAUUGCCUAAGUCAUGGACCACUCCGUCUUCAGUCCUCGAGCGCAGUCGUCCCGGUCUCCUCCAGAGCCGCUGGGGUCGCAGCGUCAUUGGAGGAUGCAUGUUUGUGCUUCUCAAGGAUGCGCUCAUUCUUUAUUGUCGGUGGAAACUAGCGCAAACUCACCGACGGCGCAAGGUGCUGAACUACGACAAAUCCAAAAAGAAGGGCAGGCCCAAGCGGUGA